CAAUAAAAACGUGAGUUUUGAGGAGGUAGCACGUCCAAGAAAAGAAACAGUAAACGAUAGUAAAACCUAGUGAGCACGCAAACGCAAGUAAGAGCGCACACAAACAAAGCAAAGAAAGUCAAAAGAGUCAUACUUACAAACUCCAAUUAAUUAAUUAAUCUCCAUAACUUAGUUAAUCAAAUCAUUAAUUUUCCACCUCCUCUCUUUCAAUUCUAUCCCAUCCAUUCAUCUCAUCCAUUAAAAAUUUCCAUUUUCAUUUCAAAACAACAAAACUCCGUCCAUGUGGACUAUUUAUAUAAAGCCUCACCCUUCCUUUCUUGUACUAAUAUAAUAAUAAUCUCUCUCUCUCUCUCUCUCUCUCUCUCUCUCUCUCUCUCUCUCUCUCUCUCUCUCUCUCUCUCUCAAUCUAGCUAUAUAUUUUUGUUUUGAGAGUGGCCAACUAUAAGGGAUUUAAUCAACAUAUCUAUCAAUGGAUGUAAAGGGAAGAGGAAACAAAAACAACCUUAUGAUGAGUAGUAGUGAUCAAGAGGAUGAGAUGGACCUUAGAAGAGGGCCAUGGACCGUGGAUGAAGACUUAACCCUCAUGAAUUACAUUGCUACUCAUGGUGAAGGUCGUUGGAAUACCCUAGCCAACUCUGCUGGUCUCAAACGAACGGGAAAGAGUUGUAGAUUAAGGUGGUUGAACUAUCUUCGACCUGAUAUUAGACGUGGAAACAUCACACUCGAAGAACAACUUUUGAUCCUCGAGCUCCAUACUCGUUGGGGUAACAGAUGGUCGAAAAUAGCCCAAUAUUUACCCGGAAGAACGGACAACGAAAUAAAGAAUUAUUGGAGAACUCGUGUACAAAAACUUGCGAAACAACUCAAAUGUGAUGUCAAUAGCAAGCAAUUCAAGGACACCAUGCGCUACCUUUGGAUGCCAAGGCUAGUCGAACGAAUUCAAGCAGCAGCCGUCGCCACUACCACCACAACAACUGUCGCCACCAAUGCCAUAUACAACUACACCAACAAUAUUAAUCACAGCGCCAAAAUAAUGGGUUCAACUCCAACAAUUACAAACAAUGAAUUUGUGAGUUCACAACCACACAUGACACAAAGUUAUACCCUAGAGAGAAGCAACACAACCGCAUCAUCGGAUUCAUUUGAGAAUAAGGUUUCAACAAUAUCAGAUUUGGGUGAUAAUAAUCAUAAUUAUUAUGCAAGUUUUGGUAAUAACGAUAACCCUAAUCCUAAUUUAGAUUAUUAUCAACCCUUUCAUCAAUCGUCAGGAUUGUUCUAUCCAGAAUUCGAUUUCCAAUCCAUGGAACCAAACACGCCGUGGAUGCAAAAUGGGGACUCAUCCGACAUUUUUUGGAAUUCUGAAAACAUGUUGUUUUUACAACAACAACUCAUGAAUAACACCAUGUAAAAACGAUUAUUUGAUGGGAGUAGGAGAAUAAUCUUUUAUAAUGAAAAAUAAAAAUAUAAAAACAGAUUGUUGAAAGUAGAAACAUCAAAUUAAAAAUAAAAAAAAAAAUCAUAUUUAGGGCACAAACAAAGGAUGUAUUGACAUAUAUCUUCAAUUGUUGAUUAUAUUUGUUAUAGCAUAAUUAAAGAGAAGAAAUUAGUUGGUGGAUAAUUUAUUUUUCAGUUUUUAAUUAGCAUAUCUUUUUUUUUUCUUUCAAAUUUUAGAGGUGGUUGUUGAAAUAUUGUAAUUUAACCUUUUCUUUAUAUGAUUUCAUUCUUUGGUUGA